AUGGUAACGAGGCUUGGUCCGAAGAUGGCGGCCGAGUGGGUUGGAGGAGCGGGUUACCCCGCUCCAGGCCCCAGCCCAAGCCGGUGGCGAUGGAACAGUUUUUUAUGGGUCCGAGGCGUUUUACUCCUGUUGGGCGGGCUCCAAGCAAGCACCACAUCUUUUCCUGUCUCCUUGGGAAGCUCCCCUCCCUGCCGGCAUAUCGUCCCCUCUGACACUGAGGUCAUUAAUAAAGUUUAUCUUAAAGCAAAUCAUGUAGUAAAGAGAGAUAUUGAUGAACACUUAAGAAUCAAGACUGUCUAUGAUAAAAGUAUUGAAGAGUUGCUUCCUGAGAAAAGAUACCUUGUAAAGAACAAACUCUUCCCACAGGCUAUUUCUUAUUUAGAGAGGACUUUUCAGGUUCGUAGACCUGCUGGCACUAUCUUACUGAGCAGACAAUGUGCAACAAACCAAUAUCUACGGAAGGAAAAUGAUCCUCAUAGAUACUGUACCGGGGACUGUGCAGAGCAUACAAAAUGUGGCCCAGUUAUAGUUCCUGAGGAGCAUCUCCAGCAAUGCAGGGUCUGUCGUGGGGGUAAGUGGCCAUGUGGAGCAGUAGGUGUACCGGACCAAGAAGGCGUCAGGGAUGCAGACUUUGUUCUUUAUGUUGGUGCUUUGGCCACCGAGAGGUGCGGCCAUGAAAACAUCAUCUCUUAUGCAGCCUAUUGUCAGCAGGAAGCAAAAAUGGACAGGCCAAUAGCAGGAUAUGCUAACCUGUGUCCAAAUAUGAUCUCUACCCAGCCUCAGGAGUUUAUUGGGAUGCUGUCCACAGUGAAACAUGAGAUUAUUCAUGCCCUGGGUUUCUCUGCUGGGCUGUUUGCGUUCUACCAUGAUAAAGAUGGGAAUCCUCUAACUUCAAGAUUUGCAGAUGGUCUCCCACCUUUUAAUCAUAGUCUUGGAUUAUAUCAAUGGAGUGAUAAAGUAGUUCGAAAAGUGGAGAGAUUAUGGGAUGUUCGGGACAAUAAGAGAGUUCAUCACACUGUGUAUCUCCUGGUAACACCUCGUGUUGUUGAUGAAGCACGAAAACAUUUUAAUUGUCCAAUUCUGGAGGGAAUGGAACUUGAAAAUCAAGGUGGUAUGGGCACUGAGCUCAACCAUUGGGAAAAGCGGUUAUUAGAGAAUGAAGCAAUGACUGGCUCUCACACCCAGAACCGAGUCCUCUCUCGAAUCACUCUGGCGUUAAUGGAAGACACUGGCUGGUAUAAAGCCAAUUACAGCAUGGCCGAGAAAUUAGACUGGGGCCGAGGAAUGGGCUGUGAUUUUGUCAGAAAGAGCUGUAAAUUCUGGAUUGAUCAACAGAGACAAAAGAGGCAGAUACGGAGCCCUUAUUGUGACACACUCAGAAGUAACCCAUUGCAGCUAACUUGCAGACAGGAUCAGAGAGCAGUUGCAGUGUGUAAUUUACAGAAGUUUCCAAAACCUUUACCACAAGAAUACCAGUAUUUUGAUGAGCUCAGUGGAAUACCUGCAGAAGAUUUGCCUUAUUAUGGUGGUUCAGUAGAAAUUGCUGACUACUGCCCUUUCAGUCAAGAAUUCAGUUGGCAUUUAAGUGGUGAAUAUCAGCGUAGCUCAGAUUGUAGAAUAUUGGAAAAUCAGCCAGAUCUUUUUAAAAACUAUGGUGCUGAAAAGUAUGGACCUCAUUCAGUUUGUUUAAUUCAGAAAUCAGCAUUUGUCAUGGAAAAGUGUGAAAGAAAGCUGAGUUACCCAGACUGGGGUAGUGGAUGUUACCAGGUUUCUUGUUCUCCUCAAGGUCUGAAGGUUUGGGUCCAGGAUACUUCAUAUUUGUGUAGUCGGGCAGGACAGGUCCUCCCUGUCAGUAUUCAGAUGAAUGGCUGGAUUCAUGGUGGAAACCUGCUGUGCCCAUCGUGCUGGGACUUCUGUGAGCUCUGUCCUCCAGAAACAGAUCCUCCAGUUUCUAACCUGACUCAAGCUCUACCACUGGAUCUCUGUUCCUGUUCCUCCAACCUGGUGGUCACCCUCUGGCUUCUGCUAGCCAAUCUAUUCCCUCUGCUGGCUGGAUUUCUUCUGUGUGUGUGGCACUAGGAAUGGAGAAGUGAACUAUCAAGAUAUUCCUUUGUGCCAUGUUCCUCUGAACAAAGCACAAAAUCUGGGCAAGUGCCAGCCUGUGCAGAUGGCAGAAGUGGCAUUCCUGACUUUGGUUUGGAAGUGUUGACCAUGGUCAGACCUUGACACAGAGCUGCACAACCGUCACUGUUCAUCAGCA